AUGCUGUCAUUUGAUAAUCAACACUAUGAGUACCGGAAACUCACGCGGACGUAUAUGGACUUUUUCUAUUCCGACAAGUUCACCAAGUUCCUCAACACGACACAGACGGGGUCGGCCCAUUCGUCACACGGCAUCGAUUUCCCCAUCUUUAUGAAAACAAUGUUUACCUCGAUUUGUUUCUGCACGAUUCAGCUCACCUUGUUUUGUCUAUUGCGGUCAGUUUUCAAUUUCCUUUACCAGCCACGGUGUUUCUGCGUGCCGGUGAACGAGCGAAUGGAGGUUCUUCCUCGCGGAUUCGUAAAGUGGAUCAUCCCCACUCUUAAAAGCAGCAUCAACACCUACUUGUCGUUGGGGUUGGAUGCGUAUUUCUUUGUCAGGUUCAUCUCGGUGCUAUCGCUAUUCUUUCUUCUCAUUGGAUCCAUCAACAUGCUCGUGUUGAUUCCAAUAAAUUUCACGGGCAACUCGGCCGAGUUCACGGCUCAAGGGUUAGACAAGCUCAGCCUUUCAAACAUUGCAAACUGCAACGUUGCGCGCCUCAAUGCCCACUUUAUCAUGGGGUUGUUGACCAUUGUCGUGUUCCAUUGGUUGAUCAUCUACGAGUUCCAAAGCUUUGUCAUCAUACGGCAAUCGUAUCUCCUUUCUGAGUCCCACAAAAGCUCCAUCAUGGCGAGGACUUUGCUUAUAUUCAAUGUGCCCGAGUACUUGCAGGACGAAAAAGUAUUGCGAGACCUUUUCCACAUCGUUCCUGGAGGUGUUGGCAAUAUCUGGCAUGUUUUCGACUUUGAACGGAUCGAGCAUCAAGUGGCCAAGGCCAAAGUUGCUCUUAAAAUUUUGGAAAAGUCUCAAAUCGAGGCUUUACGCAGGUACUAUCCAUUCAAAUGGUCAAACAAUCCAAAAGCCGGGCAAAACAAAAAAAAGAUAAAAAAGCUUUCAAAAGAUGUCUUUUUUUACCCACCGAUAUUUUGUGAUUUGAUUAGAAUACCCCAGAUUGAUCGCAGUUUCCAGCUUAAUUUACCAGGCUGGUUGAGGAUUUUCACUUUGCAAAAACGGAUAUCGACAUUGAAUUGGGCAUUGGACACAUUGAAGCAAUCGCAAUUGAUUAUCGAUGAGGAAAAACUGAAAAUGGCAACUAACCAAUUGAAAAGACACAAUAAAGUCUUUAUCGAAUUCCUGGAUCAUCGAGGUGCUUGCAUCGCCAACCAGUGUCUUCUUUCACAGAGCCAAGGCUGUCUCGACAAGACCUUGGUUGAAGUGCACCCACAGGAUAUCAUCUGGAGAAACGUUUCCAGAACAGAUGGCGUCGGGUGCAAAUUCGAAAAAUACCUCGUGACCAUCCUUUUCAUCAGCAUCAUUGUCUUGUAUGUCAUACCGGUAUCCUUGAUCCACUCGCUAUCGCAAAUACCGGUGCUCAUUCACAUAAUGCCUUUCCUCAAAUGGAUAUACCACUUCCCCGAAGAAGCAAGACAAACGAUAUCGGGGUUUCUACCGUCAAUCUUGCUCACUAUAUUGACGGAAAUCGUCAUGGUUACAUUCAGGUUUCUCACUUACUUCAAAGGCAAAGCCACUGGUUGCGAAGUUGAGAUUGACUUGCAAAAAUGGUUCUUUGCGUUCCUCUUUGUUCAACAGUUUCUCGUGGUGACAAUCUCGUCAAGCGUCACCGUCAUCUGCAAGCAGAUUAUCGACCAGCCAACGUCGAUCCCCAUUUUGCUAGCCACCAACUUGCCCAAAUCAGCAACAUUCUUUUUCCAAUACAUCUGUCUUCGUGCAUUUGCAUUUUGCGGAAGCAAUUUCCUCCGCAUAUCCCAGUUGGUGUUGACAAACUCGUAUUACAAAUGGAAAGACGUCACGCCGAGACAGCAGUUUACUCGCAUCACUUCGUUGCCACAGAUCAAAUGGGGCACCACAUUUGCUAUUUAUUCGAUCUAUGCCUGCAUUGGCAUUUCUUACUCCAUCAUCUCCCCCUUGAUAUCAAUAUUCAUCAUCUUUUUCCUCAACUUGUCCAUAUUGUACUACAAGUACGCUUUGAAGUAUGUAUACAGCCACAUCAACCCUUCGGAAACAUUGGGAAGAUUGUAUCCAAACGCCUUGCUCCAUUUAUACACGGGCAUCUAUUGUCUCGAGUGCUGUCUAAUCGGUGUUUUUUUCCUCCUGAAGGACUCCUCAGGGAGGUACGCAAUGAGGAUUCAAGGGUGGAUCAUGACGGGUGUCCUAUUUGUUACCAUCUUCUGCAACAAUUUGAUAUACAGUAGGUACUUGCCCUACUUCUCCAACCUCCCUAUCUUGUCCGAUAAGCCAUAUAGGGAUAACAAAAAGACUGACGAACCCACACCCAAUUCAGAAGACCACCACGACCACGACCACGACCACGACCACGACCACCACGAGAUGACUGCCGCAAACCACACAUUGCUAUACCUCCACCCCGCAUUCAAAUACGAAACGCCGAUAGUAUGGUUGCCCAAAGAUCCCAACGGGUACACGGAGUUGCAAAUUCAGGAAAUCGAGUCAAAAUCAGACUUUAUCAAGGGCGAGACCAGUGGCGCCGAAGUUCAAAUCACAAAGUUUUUGAAAAAUUUGAAAAUGACAAUAUCGGAAGCACCCCCAGAUUAUAGGUGA